AUGUUGACUAAACUUAUACAGGUAAUUACAUCCAUCUUAGGCUUAGUCAGAAAUAAUUAUCAGGAAGAUAAUGUUAAGAAAGGGCUGAUUGAAUGUAAUAAGGCAUCUAAAAAAUUAAGAGAUUCGAUGAGAUAUGCUAAGACUAUGGGGGAGAAGCAGCAUUUGGAAGCCCAGAUGAGGCAAAUUAUAACAAUGAGAAAGCAACUGAAGGCUGAACAGAAGAAGGGGGCGGGGCUUAACACUCGACCGGAGACUGCUUACAAGAGGGUACAAUGGGAUGACUCUUUAUCAGCAUUCAACUCUAGAAUUAGAACGGGAGUCAUCUCAAACCUUAAACACAAGGACCCUGGCAGUUUUCUUAAUGAUUGUAAGGCCAUAUUUAAACGGAGAAUCCAAAAUGCUCUAAAAAAUGACGCUGCAGUGAAAGUUAACACGGCAUUCGGAGGAGAGUUUGAAAUCGUUCAGGGAGAAAAAGUGCUUAACGAUACAAAAUAUUUUACUACUUCAAACUCAGCCAUAUAUCGAGACACCAAUCUUGAUGAAUGGUUUGAAGAGAAAGUAAUGGAACCUAUCACUGCAAAAUUGGAGGAAUUCCAAGAGCGUGAUAGUGGCUGGGCACUAAAAGCUGUUGUUAACCUGGGGGUCAACAUCAACAAAUUUACACCACAACUCGGAUCCUCCUUCGUUGAACUUCCUCCUCAGAUUAAAAGAAAAGAAGCAUGCGUAAAUGUCAAGAACGAUGACGAGGCAUGCUUUGCAUGGGCUGUCAUAUCGGCAUUAUAUCCUGCUACCAAAGAUCCUCAAAGAGUAUCCAAAUAUCCGCACUAUUCUGAUGUAUUGAAAUUAAAAGGUAUUCAGUUUCCAAUGACCAUCAAACAAAUUCCCAACUUUGAAAAGCAAAACAAUAUAUCCAUUAACGUAUAUAUUUUGAAAAAGGAGAAGAAUAACUAUGUCACCCUCCCAACCUUACUAACAAAGAACACUAAGGAUAAACAUGUUAAUCUGCUUUUGAUUCAAGAUAAAUAUGACGAGCAAGGUCCGAUUAGAUACCACUAUGUAUGGAUAAAAAAUCUAUCCCGCCUCCUUUCCAAGCAGUUAAGCAGAGAAGAUGGAACAAAAUAUUUCUGUGACGCCUGCCUACAUUACUUUCGAUCGCAAAAAAAGUUAAAUAUUCAUAAAACAUGCUGCAAAGGUCGAUCAGAUCUUAUCUGUAAUAGGUGCUUACAGCCGUUUUCAUCAUUAAAACAGCUUGAAGCUCACACUGAAGAUUGUGUGAGAAUUAAUGAAACAGCCAUUAAAAUGCCUGAGGAGAGUAGAAAAAUGCUUAGAUUUAAGAAUUAUAAGAAUAAGAUUAAAGCCCCCUUUGCCGUAUAUGCAGAUCUCGAAAGUGCAUUGAAACGUACGGGAGAUCCUAAGAAACAUCAAGAACAUAUUCCUGUAGCAGUUGGGUAUUUCUUCAAAUGUUCAUAUGAUGAUACUCUCUCUUUUUAUAACUCUUAUCGAGGAAAGGACUGCAUGAAAUGGUUUGCAGAUGAACUUAAUCAGCUUGCUGAGAAUGUAACUACAGUGUUUAUGUGCCCAUAUGAUAUAAAUAUGACAUCUCAGGAGGAAAGUGAUUUUCAUGUAGCCACUCAUUGCCAUAUCUGCGAGCAGCGCUUUUCCCCCAGUGAUAAGAAAGUCCGAGACCAUGAUCACAUGAUUCCUGAACACAAUUAUCGAGGUGCGAGUCACGAAGGGUGUAACAUUAAUUAUCAAGACACCCACACCAUUCCAGUAAUAUUUCACAACCUUAGCGGUUAUGACGCCCACUUCAUUGUUAAUGAUAUUGCCACACACAUCAAAGGCCCCGUAGAUCUUCUUCCUAUUACGAAGGAAAAAUAUAUAUCAUUUACGAAACAUAUCGAUGAUGCUCGAAUUAAAUUCCGUUUUAUCGACAGUUUUAGAUUUAUGGCUUCUUCUCUCGAUAAGCUCUCUUCGUAUUUGACAGAAUAUCCUAAUCUCCGCUCUCAAUUUUUAUCACUGUCUGAGGAGAAUUUCAAUCUUCUAACUAAGAAAGGCAUCAUGCCAUAUGAUUAUAUCGAUUCAUUCCAAAAAUUCAAUGAAACAUGUCUACCACCACAGGAAGCAUUUUACAAUAAACUUGAGGAUAAACCAUGUCCACGUCGACAUUAUCGUAGAGCUCAAGACGUGUGGUCUUCAUUCUCCUGCUCCACUCUCGGUGAUUAUAUCGAUUUAUAUAUGAAAACGGACAUUCUUCUUCUUGCAGACGUGUUUGAGCAAUUUCGAUCCAGUUGUCUCAAAACAUAUAAUCUUGACCCAGCUCAUUACUUUACUCUUCCCGGCUUCACGUGGGAUGCAAUGUUUAAGCAUACAAAACAGGAACUAGAGCUUUUAACAGAUCCAGAUAUGUUUUUGUUUGUGGAGCGUGGUAUUCGUGGUGGUUUGAGUCAAGUAUGCUCGAAACGCCGCGUCCACGCUAAUAACAAGUAUAUGGAAUCUUACGAUCCAUCGAAGCCCGACUCCUAUCUAAUGUAUUUCGAUGUCAAUAAUCAAUACGGCUGGGCGAUGUCGCAAUUCCUUCCGUAUGGAGGGUUUGAGUGGGUCGAUGCCAACAUCGAUGUUCUGUCCAUACCUGACGAUUCUUCUGAAGGGUACUUUCUCGAGGUUGAUCUGGAGUACCCCCAACAUAUCCAUGAUCGUCAUAAAGAUCUUCCGUUUUGCCCCCAAUCAUUGAACCCUAAAACUAUGCUUUCUCCAAAACGUCCGCGAGAGCAAACCAAAUUAAUGGCUACACUUCAUGAUAAAGAGAGAUAUGUGAUUCAUUACAGGACCUUAAAACAAGCGCUAGCUCACGGAUUGAUAUUGAAAAAGAUUCACCGAGUCCUGAAAUUUAAGCAGUCUCCUUGGCUAAAGAGCUACAUUGACUUGAAUACCAAUCUCCGGAAGGCAGCGAAAAAUGAAUUUGAGAAAAAUCUUUUUAAGCUCAUGAACAACGCUGUGUUCGGCAAGACCAUGGAGAAUGUGCGCAAGCGCGUUGAUAUUAAAUUGCUUACUGAAUGGGAGGGUCGUUACGGAGCUGAUGCCAGAAUAAGCAGUCCCCUGUUUAAGAAUGCUACUAUUUUUAAUGAAAACUUGGUAGCUGUCGAGAUGCAUAGAGCGGUAAUAUGGCUAGAUAAACCAAUAUAUGUGGGCAUGAGUAUACUGGAUUUGGCAAAAACUACGAUCUACGAUUUUCACUUUGGGUAUUUAGGUAGAAGGUUUGGUGAGAACUUUACGACUUGCUAUACAGAUACUGAUAGUGUGAUCGUAGAGAUUCGGGAAAAAGAUCCCUAUGAGGCUAUGAAAACAGACUGCCAUCAGCACUUUGACACGUCUGACUAUCCUAAAGAUAAUAUUUAUGGCAUCCCCCAGGUUAACAAGAAGGUGUUGGGUAUGAUGAAGGAUGAGAAUAAUGGCCGCAUUAUGACCGACUACAUAGGUCUUCGAUCGAAAUUAUACACUACAAAAGUAGCUAUCACAGAUAAUGAUAUAAAACAACUGAGAAUGAAGUUGAUAGAUCAGGAAUAUGAGGAUGACGAAAUUGAUAAUAUUAUACGAAAUUAUGGUGUAACGAAGAAGGCGAAGGGGGUAAAGAAGUCUGUGGUAAAUAGUAAAAUUACUUUUGAGGACUACGUAGAGUGUUUAGAUACUUCUACAACAAAGAUCGCCUCGCAAAAUCUUAUACGCUCUGAUAAACACCAAGUUUAUUCUAUAACUCAAAGCAAGAUUGCGCUCAGCCCACAUGAUGAUAAAAGAUAUCACCUUCCAGAGUCUUAUGAUACACUUCCGUGGGGGCACUAUUUAAUUGAAAAUCUUGAGAUAGAUAUUGAUUAG